UUUGUUUUUACCUCCCCAGAAUUAAAAACCUGCACAGCUCUCUCCAGACCUCAAUCCAGGAUAGCAAAGAGAAGGGAGACAUAACUUUACAUAAAUCCGUAUUAAGACGUCUCCGAGCUUUGAGAUGAAGCUGCUUUGCCUCUCAACGUUUAUUUUUGUCAUUCUGGCAAAACUGGAAGCGAGACCACAGGUUGCAGCACAAAAAUGUAAAACUAGCCCCAUGGACCUUGUCUUUAUCAUUGACAGCUCAAGAAGCGUUCGGCCAUUUGAAUUUGAAAGUAUGAGAAAGUUUAUGAUUGAUAUCAUUAAUUCACUUGAAAUCGGUCCUACAAAAACACGGAUUGGAGUUGUGCAAUACUCCAGCCAAGUACAAAAUGUGUUCUCUCUCAAGACAUUUUCCAACAAGUCAGACAUGGAAAAGGCCAUAAACGACAUCAUUCCUUUGGCACAAGGAACCAUGACGGGUCUCGCCAUACAAUAUGCCAUGAAUGUUGCAUUUACUGUUGAGGAAGGAGCUCGACCUUUAGAGAAAAGGAUUCCAAAAGUCGCCAUUAUUGUGACCGACGGCAGACCUCAGGACCGUGUUACGGAAGUUGCCGCUCAGGCCCGGGAUUCUGGUAUUGAAAUCUACGCUGUCGGUGUUCAAAGGGCCGAUGUAAAUUCUUUGAGGGCCAUGGCUUCUGCGCCUCUUGAUGACCAUGUUUUCCAUGUAGAGUCAUUCGAUCUGAUUCAGCACUUCGCUAUUCAGUUCCAAGAUAAACUAUGCGAUGUGGACAUGUGCACAGAAAUGGACCACGGAUGUCAGCAUAGCUGCGUCAAUGUUCCCAGCUCUUAUUAUUGUGAAUGUAAUGCAGGGUACAAGCUAAACGCAGAUGGGAAAACCUGUUCUGUGAUUGAUUUGUGUGCCCAAGGAAAUCAUGGCUGCGAACAACUGUGUGUUAGUUCCCCGGGCUCUUACUCCUGUGCCUGCAGUAAAGGUUAUAAACUAAACAACGAUAAGAAGACUUGCUCGAUGAUAGAUCUGUGCGCCCAAGGAAAUCACGGAUGUGAACAACUUUGUAUCAGCUCCCUCGGCUCCUAUUCUUGUGCCUGUCGGACAGGAUUUCAACUGAACAACGAUAAAAAGACUUGCACAAGUAAGAGGACGUUUUUCUGUAAAGUUGGAUUUUGUUUGGUAUCUUUAAUCUAGGUAUGAAUUUCAAGAACACGUUUCAACGAAGGCA